AUGAAAAUAUUAUCAGAGGACCGAACGAGGAUACUGUUCGAAAAGUUAACUAAAUAUAUCGGUGUCAAUGUUAAGCUUCUAAUAGAUAGGCCAGAUGGCACAUACUGUUUUAGAGAGAAGAAAGACCGUGUUUACUACAUUUCAGAGCGAUUAUUACAACUAGCACAAACAGUUAAGCCCGAUCACUUAGUUUCAGCAGGCACAUGUUUUGGGAAAUUCACAAAGACAAACAAGUUUCGGCUACAUAUAACAGCUUUGACAUAUAUAGCUCCAUAUGCCCCUUUUAAGUUGUGGGUGAAACCAUCAGCGGAACAACAAUUCUUGUAUGGGCAUCAUGUUAUUAAAAGUGGUCUUGGCAGAAUCACAGAGAAUACACCGAAAAAUCAAGGAGUAGUUAUAUUUACUAUGUCAGAUAUACCUAUCGGUUUUGGUGUAACAGCAAGAUCAACAACGGACUGUAGACACGCUGAUCCCCUGGCAACGAUAGCAUUCCAUCAAGCAGAUAUAGGGGAAUAUAUAAGAUCAGAAGACACUUUAGUAUAA